AAUAUAUAAUGUGGCAGUGUCCUGUGGGCUGUGGGUGGUAUGUAUGCAUUAGCUUAGCUAAGCUAGGUACACUCACACACACUGGCUUCCUCUCUCCCUAUAUAUCACACGCGCUUCCUUCUGCUUCCACGAACCUUUCGCUAAGCCACUCUCUCUCCCUAGCUAAGCAUCUCCAUUUCCUCCCACAGUGAUCGAUCGCAUGGACAGCACCACCAGCUGCCUCCUGGACGAAUCCAGCAGCGGCGGCAGCGCUUCCAUGGCCACGCCCACGGGAAAGAUCAAGUCCCCCCCUUCGUCCCCGUCACCGGCGCCGACGAAGAUGACUCCUCUACACCGCGUGGGCAGCGGCGCCGCCACCAGCGCGGUGAUGGACGUCGACGCAUCAGCGACGGCGGAGGAGGAGGCCGACUCCGCCGCCGGCCGCCGCAUCGCCAUGGCCGCCGCCGUGAACAACAAGCUGCCUUCGUCGCGGUACAAGGGCGUGGUGCCGCAGCCCAACGGGCGGUGGGGCGCGCAGAUCUACGAGCGGCACAGCCGCGUGUGGCUCGGCACCUUCACGGGGGAAGCCGAGGCGGCGCGCGCCUACGACGCCGCCGCCCAGCGCUUCCGCGGCCGCGACGCCGUCACCAACUUCCGCGCCCUCCCCUCCGACGCCGCCGAGCUCCGCUUCCUGGCUUCCCGAUCCAAGGGCGAGGUCGUGGACAUGCUCCGCAAGCACACCUACCUCGACGAGCUCGCCCUCUUCACUUCUUCUUCCUCGCCUCCGGCGCCGCCCGAUUUCUCGCCUUCGUCUUCGUCUCCGGCUCCGGCAGCGGCGCGACAAGUCCGGGAUCGGGAGCACUUGUUCGACAAGACGGUGACGCCGAGCGACGUGGGGAAGCUGAACCGGCUCGUGAUCCCCAAGCAGCACGCGGAGAAGCACUUCCCGCUGCAGCAGCUCGGCUCCAGCUCCGGAGCCGUCUUCUCCGGCUCCGGCUCCGGGGAAUCUAACAAAGGCAUGCUUCUGAACUUCGAGGACGGAGCGGGCAAGGCGUGGAGGUUCCGGUACUCGUACUGGAACAGCAGCCAGAGCUACGUGCUCACCAAAGGCUGGAGCCGCUUCGUCAAGGAGAAGGGGCUCUGCGCCGGCGACGCCGUCGGCUUCUACCGCUCCGCUUCCGCCAACGGCAACGGCAACGGCAGCCAGCAGCAGCUGUUCAUCGACUGCAAGCUCCGGACGAAGGCCGACACGAGGUCGUCGUCGCCGCGGCCGGGAGCGGUAGUGAGGAGCGUGCGGCUCUUCGGCGUCGACCUGCUCGCGGCGGCGCCGGAGCUGGAGACGAAGACGAGCAUAUGCAAGAGAUCCAGGAAUCACAGCGAGGCGUCUCCUGAUCAUCCGACGCACGCGGUUUUCAAGAGGCGAUGCAUAGACUUCGCGCUGACCUAGCUUAAUUAGCUCCCGUUUUUUCCCUGAUCUCUCCUCCAUGCUUGCUUCAAGUUGCUUGCUUGCAAAGUUGAUCCAUCGAUCCAUGCACGGUACUAGCUUAGAGCUGAUCUUGAUCUCUUGCUCCAGUUGUUUGUUUGUUUUCUUUCUUUCUUCUCAUGCAUACCACACACAGCAAGCUCGACCGAACCUAAUCUUGCUUUGUUUACUGUAAACUGACUAUUGUUCUUGGAUGUAAGAAUAUAUAGCAAGUGUACAUUGAAAAAUACCAGCAGUCUAAGUAAGUUUGCCCUAGUUA